AUGGCGACCAAGAAGAAGGCUCAAAUCAAGCCGCAGCUUGUAGCAUGGGUCCAGCUCGUGCUGCGCCUGGCGCAGGUUGUCAUGCUGUUCGCGAUGAUGGCGGCCUCGGCGCGCGUCCUAAACAUUGGCGGUAGCCCCUCCAAGUACACUGCGGGUGCUGCGUUUGGGCUUGCAAUCUCGUUGCUAGGGAUGGUUGUGGUCGCGCUGUACUUGUUUGGGCCCAACACGCCACGGCUCUGGAGGUGGCUCCCAGGCAUAGUGGACAUUCUGCUGUCCGGGAUCUUGGCCAUCACAUGCGCCGCCCUGUUUGCCUGGAUGCUCGGCUAUGGCAGCUGCGCGACCCUCACCAAGAGCAUAGAGCCCCCGGCCACCCCGAACGCCCUGGACGCGUCCAGCCCCCUUAACGACAGCCCGAGCGGCGCGCCCGCGGGCGGGCUCAGCGGCGGUGGCGGCCUCGGGGCGGGCGCUGGCCUGAACGGCGGGCUCCGCGGCGGCGGCGCGGGGUUGGGGGGCGGCCUGGGGGGUGUGGGCACUGGCCUCAGCAGCGGAGGCCUCACCCUCAGCACCGGAGGCCUCACCGCUAGCAGCCUCAGCAGCGUCCUUAGCAGCAGCGGCCUCAGCGGGCUCAGCGGCCUCAGCAGCAGCGGUCUUGGCGCCAGCAGCGGUUUCGGCAGCAGCAGCCUCGGCAGCACCGGCCUUGGCGCCAGCAGCGGUCUCGGCAGCGGCGGUCUCGGCAGCACAGGCCUUGGCGCCAGCAGCGGCCCCACCAGCAGCGGCCUCAGCAGCAGCGGCCUCGGCAGCGGCGGGCUUGGCGCCAGCAGCGGCCUCAGCACCAGCGACCUCGGCGGCGCUGGCCUCGGCGCCGCGCCCGCGAGCGCAGGCGUGCCCCCAGGCGCUGGCCUCAGCGUCGCUCAGCGGGCGGCUAUGGGCGGGCUGGCCGGCGGCAACGGCGCAGUCACCGACCCGAUGGGACUCACUACCGGCCUCGGCCCCGGCGCCGCCCCCGCCGCGCCGCCGCCCGCCGCGCCGCGGUUCGCGAGCGCGCCCGCGCCCGUGCAGGCCACAGGCAUGUCUGACUACAGCGGGAUCGCAAACCCCUUUGGCCGCCGCCGCCUGGCGGCGGCGCCACUGAAGGGCCAGGAGAAGGGCGUCUGCGUGGCGUUCAACUUUGUGGCUGCGGCCGCGUUCAUCAACUUUGUGCUGUUCGCCGUCAGCGCGCUGCUUGCUGGCUACGACCUCUCCCAGAAUCGGGGCAUCGUGGACCCUCUGGGAGAGAUCAAGCUGCCCGCUCAGCUUCCCAAGCCGGAGGCCCCCAAAGAUCUCGCGGGCAGCCCCAGGGCUGAGGUGGACGUGAUCAAGGAGUCCAAGGCGGAGGGCGACCAGCCUAAGGCGGUGACCAUUGACCUGACAGCCAGCUCCACCGCGCAGGCCAAGGCCUAG